GGUUUCUUAUAACACCCACCAUAUUCGCUACAACACUGACGAGCACAACUGGGGCGGCAUUGUUGCAAACAUAUGGACACCAAGUUCUGUGUAUAUUCACCCCAAUUACAAACCAGGCCAACUAUAUUAUAACAUUGCUGUUAUUCGUACUGGGCCAUACUUUCCUAGCAGCAUUUACAAUCAAACGGCUCUUCGCUGUUCUGAAGAUGAAGUUAAUUUUGAAAGGUUGACAGUCGCUGGGUGGGGUUAUAUUCGAGACCAAACUGGCCAACUGUCGACGCGAUUGCGACAAACUGAGUUGCCAUAUGCCGGAAACACGUGCAAGCGUUACUACCAGUCAAUUGGCCAAUAUAUUGAUGAAACAAUGUUUUGUGCCGGAGAUCUUGACCAUGGUGGAACGGGAAUUUGCGUGGGUGAUCUAGGCGGAGCAGCUGUGAAACGGGUUGGCUCAUUGAAUGUCAUCACUGGCGUUGCUUCUCACUUCAACGAGUGCGGAGGGCCAAAGUUGAUUAGCCUCUUCACUCGU